CUUCUGCCACUGUCUCUAUAUUCUAUAACUCCUUGCCGCUCUUGCAAAAGUACGACCAUGGCAGCGGACGUCCCAACACUCAAUAUCACGCUGCUUGGCGCAGGACAGGAAGUCGGCCGGUCCUGCUGCGUCUUGCAAUAUAGGGGAAGGACCAUUGUCUGCGACACGGGAGUGCAUCCCGCGUACAGCGGCAUUGCCUCGCUGCCUUUCAUCGACGAGCUAGACUGGAGUACCGUGGACGUCAUCUUAAUUACUCACUUCCAUCUAGACCAUGCUGCCGCUUUGACAUAUAUCACGGAGAAGACGAACUUCAGAGAUGGAAAAGGCAAAAUUUACAUGACACAUCCGACCAAGGCCUUGCACAAGUUCAUGAUGCAAGACUUCGUCCGCAUGGGCUCCUCUUCUUCUGAUGCUCUUUUCAGCCCAAUGGAGCUAUCAGUGUCUCUCGCUUCUAUCAUCCCUGUCUCCGCCCACCAGGUUAUUUCGCCAUGCCCCGGUGUCACGUUUACGCCGUACCACGCGGGUCACGUCCUCGGUGCAUGCAUGUUCUUGAUCGAUAUUGCUGGCCUUAAAAUCUUGUAUACUGGCGACUACUCUCGUGAAGAAGACCGACAUCUCGUCAAGGCCGAAGUGCCGCCCAUCCGCCCUGACGUGCUCAUUGUGGAAAGUACCUUUGGCGUUCAAACUCUAGAGGGCCGGGAGGAAAAAGAACUGCGGUUCACCAAUUUGGUGCACAAUAUCAUCCGACGUGGUGGACAUGUCUUGCUUCCGACCUUCGCCCUGGGUCGUGCACAGGAGCUCCUGCUGAUUCUGGACGAGUACUGGAAGAAGCAUCCCGACUUGCACAACGUUCCAGUUUACUAUGCUUCUAGCCUGGCACGGAAGUGUAUGGCCGUGUACCAGACAUACAUCCACACCAUGAACUCGAACGUACGCUCUCGCUUUGCCAAACGCGACAACCCAUUCGUGUUCAAACAUAUUUCAAACGUGCCUCAUAGUCGCGGCUGGGAGCGAAAAAUCGCUGAAGGCCCUUCGUGUGUCGUUCUUGCUAGCCCCGGUUUUAUGGAAUCGGGUCCGAGCCGCGAACUCCUGGAGCUUUGGGCCCCCGACUCUCGGAACGGCGUUAUCCUCACCGGUUACUCUAUCGAAGGUACAAUGGCCAGGGAUAUUCAAACAGAACCGGAUGAGAUUCCAUCGGUUAAGGGACACACGAUCCCGCGCAAGCUUUCCAUCGAUGAAAUCUCUUUCGGAGCGCACGUCGACUAUUCUCAGAAUUCUGAGUUCAUUGAGCUGAUCCACGCCCAGCACAUCGUUCUUGUUCACGGUGAACAAAAUGCGAUGGGCCGUCUACGUGCUGCCCUGCAAGACCGCUACAAAAACCGUGAUGAGGAUGUCAAGAUUCACACGCCCCGGAACCUCGAACCAUUGCAGCUGACGUUCCGCGGCGAGCGAGUAGCGAAAGCCAUUGGCACACUGGCAGCGAAGCCUCCACAACCCAACGAGGUUAUAUCCGGCCUUUUGGUGUCGAAGGACUACUCUUAUACGCUUCUUGACCCGCGCGACCUCCGCGACUUUGCCGGCUUGACGACGACGGCUGUGACGCAACGGCAGAAGAUUGCUCUGAACGUCGGCUGGGAGCUCGUUCGCUGGCAUCUGGAGGGGAUGUACGGCAAGAUUGAGGACGGUGUCGACAAGGAUGAUGUACCGACAAUGCGGGUCAUGGGCGCAGUAGACGUGAAGCAGACGUCGGAACAUGAGUUGACGCUUGAGUGGGACUCAAGUGCGAGCAACGACAUGAUCGCGGAUUCUACGCUUGCACUCAUCACUGGAAUCGACAAGAGCCCCGCUUCAGUCAAACUUACCGCCCAACCACACUCGCAUGAGCACUCGCAUGCCCCGGCGCUGCCUCACCCCCACGCAGACACCGAGGAUGAGCAAGCAGUGAACAUACGCAUAAUGCGGCUUGCCAUGUUCCUAGAAGCCCACUUUGGCGAGGUCGAGCUCCAUAUGCCGGACGAUGCGUCUGCAGAUCCCGAGCUAGGCGAGAAUCCGCCCGAACCAGCGCUAUUGGUACGCCUAGACGAGGCAGAUGCGGUAAUCAAUCUUUUGUCUAUGACAGUGGCGAGUUCAAGUGACGCGCUCCGGAAACGGGUCGAAGCGGUGCUAGACAUGGCGCUGUCAACCAUCAGCUCCCUCAACGAGUCCUUCACCUCCGCGGCGCCGUUUGGCACAGAGGAAUACGCACCGCCGACCGAAAAGGAGAAGCAAGGUUCUGAGGUAGAUGCGACCGCCGAUGCAACCCAAACCAACGGAACGUCUGGCUUAGAUAACACGCCGCCCGUUGCUAUGAACGUGGAUUCGCCGGUACGGGACUCGCACGCGGCGUCAAAACAAGAGUUAGAGACGCGCUCAGCAUCGGAACCGACAGACUCUCAGGAAAUGACUGAGGACGAUGGUGCUCCGUCGCCCAUGGAUGUCCAAGAAGAUACACAAAAUUCAACAGCUGACGCUCGAGGUGUACCGUCACAGCAAGACCAGGACGCCUCGUCGCAAGGUCUUGCGGCCACGCAGGGCAGACGCAGGGAGCGUCGUAGGGCAAAGCAAGAAGGCAACGACAGUGAGGAAGCGUCAUCAGGUGACGAGCCGGUACCGGAAGUCUGUAGCUGAGACACAUAUGAGUUGUUUGUUGCGUGUGCUGUCUUCAUACUGAGUACAUGGUUAUAAUGAUAAUUGGCCGGCAGAGUAUAGUUGCUGGCUUCCAUUCCAUGGUCGCUCUACGAGAAAGCUUUGAUGCGCCAAGGACUGCACGGGUAA